UGACGGAAUCACAAAGCUGUUGUUCCCGAAGCUUCUGGACUUGUGUCCCGCUUGAGAUGGAUACUGAUUCGAAAGACAGGGAGCCCCUUGCAGCCAUGGAGUCUGCCCCCGCUCCAGCUGAAAAUGCCUCUUUUCCUUGGGAAACUGGCAAGUUGAUGACGCCUCCGAAGCAUGUCGCAGAAGUGGUUCCUUCUCUUUGCACACCUGAGGCUUCUAAGACACCUUUGAACUUCUCCACGGUCACGAUAGAGCAGCUGGGCAUUACACCUGAGAGCUUCGUGCAGCGCUCUGCGGGGAAGUCGGCAUCAUCAUUCCUGAAGAAAUGCAGGCGGCGUUCUGCAGUCGGUACUCGCGGGUCCCCUGAAACAAACCACCUGAUUCGUUUCAUUGCACAGCAGCGGAGUUUAAAGAGUGCUGGGAAAUCUCCCUUGGCACAGGAUACCCCUUUCCAGGGCAGCCCUGGACUGUAUGGAAAUGGUAUUUCAUUGCGAGAGCGAAUAUCUGCCUUCCAGUCAGUUUUUCACUCCAUAAAGGAACACGAGCAAGUGCCUGGCCAACCAGACUUCUCAGACGUGCCGAGAAAGAUGGAGGCAGCAAAUCCGAAAGAAAACCUUGAAAGUCAGCGGCCGGAGAAUCCUGCAGAGAUGCCAUCCAAACGUCGAAGAGUAUCCUCUCAGAAUGUCUCUGAUGAAGAACUAACUGAGGCCGAAGACCGAGUCAUGGCUCUCCAUAUUUUCAACGUCGACACAGGCAGAAAGUCAUCUGAAGUUGACCCAGCACAUCCUGGAUGUUUAGAACUCACAAAGGCCUCACAAGGACUCAAGGUUGCUGAUUGUGUGGAGGGCGAACGGUGGGAGGAUACUGUUUCAUUUGGCACACUGACGACAGAAAUGAACUUGCCAACAGUCCCGAACAUCAGAUCACCAGCCUGUCCUGCAUACAAGAGGGACUUCCCGUCCACUGAGACCUUUGUCCUUCGUUCUGUCCUGAAGAAACCCUCUGUUAAGCCGUAUCUAGAGAGCUUACAGGAACACCAUGACAACGUCUGUGAUGAUGGGACACCAAGUAUAAUUCCACAUCUUGCCAACUGUUGCAAAGAACAAAAAGCAGAAGAUCAAAAUUACAAAGCAUCAGCCUUUCUAAAUAUGAGGAAGAGGAAAAGAGUCACUUUUGGAGAGGAGCUAAGCCCUGAGGUGUUUGAUGAAUCUUUGCCUGCAAAUACUCCAUUGCGGAAAGGAGGAACACCUGUUCGUAAAACGGACUUGAGCGGCGGUAGUCCCUUGCCACUGGAGCAGUCACCUAUUCUGCAGCAGUUAUCACAGCCAAACUUUGAUGAGAAGGGGGAGAAUCUUGAAAACAUAGAACCAUUGCACAUCACAUUUACAAGCGGAACUCCUACUAAGUCUCCAAUCCCUGAGAUUCUUUCAGGCACUGAUACCUUUAGCUCUUCAAAUAACCACGAGAAACUGUCCUGUAAUGUUAGACUAACACGGACUUCUAACAGAAAGAAGCAAUUGACCAGUUUUGUAGAAGAGAAUGUUUGCCACUUGCUUAAUACAGAAACUCAGCCUUGUAAAGAAAAAAAAAUUAAUCAGAGAAAGCCGCAGGAAAGCAAGCAUGCGAGCAGAGCACUCCCUAAAAAGAGCCAGGUUUCUAUAAAAAGUUGCAGAAAGAGGAAAGGAAGGGGAAAGAAAGGUGUUCAGAAAUCUUUAUACGGGAAGAGAGACAUUGCUUCCAAGAAGCCCCUGCUAAGUCCGAUUCCUGAGCUGCCUGAGGUCUCUGAGACGACGCCCUCAGCUCCAGGCCCCUGGAGGAUGUGGUCAGAUGAUUUCAACUCAAAUGAUAAAUUUGAAGAAAUGAAGCUUCCUAAAAAUCCAGUUACAAGAGAGAACCUUUUGCCUCAGAACCCAGAAGAUUUGCAUAUGAAUCAAAGCCUCAAUAAAUGUGAUAUGUCUGAAUUUUACCACUCUUACAUGAAAAAUCCCUCAUCAUUUGGUGCAAAUACCAUGGACAUUAGUAAAAUUAAAAAUGCUCCAAAAGUAGAAAAUAAUUUGAAAAGUGAAAUGGAAUUGAACAAUGGGAAUGAAAAUGAAAAUAGUCAUACUUACUGUUCAUCUGUAACUGAAGCACAUGUUGUGUCAGAUAAUUCCAAACCUGAUCUUUUCCUACAGUGCCAAGAACUUUCUGCUACUGGUCAAAAUGCAGAAAGUCUUUGUCGAGUCUUUAAAAUUCCAGAAGACAUAAAGUGUGAAAAACAGGAUGACAUCCUAGAAGCCACAAAGGGAAAACCACAAUGCAAUCACUUCAUGUCUGACUCACAAAAUGAAUAUAACUGUUCGGAAAAUGUUUUAAUUGAAAAUCAAAAAUGUGAAAGCUCAGGAGAGGAUGUGGGAAAAGCAAUCAUGGAGCAGAGCAAUGUUACAAGUUGCAGUUCAAGGAAACAGAGAAGGCACCCGGUGCAUUGUUCCCACCGGCAGAGUUUACCUCUGCAAGGAAGCGGCAGUCACAAGUCACCAGACGGCAGCGGCAGCUCUGUAGGGAUCAGUACAGAGAAUUCUAAACUGUAUGAAGAUUUAUCAAACGCCAUAGAGCAAAGCUUCCAGAGAACAAAUGGUGACAUAAAGGUGCGACGCAGCACGCGGCUGCAGAAAGAUUCAGAUAAGAAUGAAGGGCUUGUGUGGAUUUCUGUUCCUCUCACUUCCCAAAAAACCAGAAGGAGAACAAUCUGCACGGCUGACAGCAGAGGGCUGGAAGAUAGGUCUCCCAGAAGAGAAACGGUAUCCUCCGGCUCAGGCAACGAGAACCCCAAGGGCCCUGCUGCCGAUUCUUCUGACCCAUCUGAGAAAAGGAGGAGAAGGAGCUUUUGUGCAUCCACAGUGGCAAAUACUGAAACUCCUGGCGAGCCUAAAGGCUACCGAAGAAGCACCUUCCUCAAGAAAGGCGAAGGCGCUCUCACUGGCCUGGAACGGCUUGGACCCGGUGGAGAACUGAAGCAGUAAUGGACACUUCCUGUGGAGCCUCAGAGAGGGAACCCAACCAUCCCUGCUUGACAAUCUGUCCUCCUGCAUCCCCUCCUUAGCUCAACUUCACUGUUUAAAAAGUUCCAGAUAAAUAAAAUCAUUUGAAUU